ACUUGAAACACUUAUUAUAUCUGGUUGCACAAGUCUUAAUGAGUUAUCAAUUGAGAUGUUGAGGAACAUUGAAUCUCUAAAAGUGCUUGAUACGGAUGGAAUUCUGAUAGGUGAACUAGUCCCAGGAAGAAGUUCAUGUAUCUUGAGUUCUUUAACAUGCUCUUUAGUUGAUUUAAGUCUUCAGGGGUGCAAUCUUUCGAAUGAUGCCUUUCCAAGGGAAUUUAGUAAUCUAUCCUCAUUGAGAAGACUAAAUGUAGGGAACAAUCCAAUUUGUAGCCUACCAAAUUGCAUCAAAGGUUUAACGAGGCUCAAUGAACUUUCUUUUUUGGGAUGUGGGAGUUUGAAAUUGCUUGAGGGAUUACCAAAAGUGAGCACGUUGAAUGUGGCACAUUGCGUAUCAUUGGAAAAAAUAACAUAUCAACGCCGUUGGCCCGGACGACAUACCAUGUUGUUUAACAAUCGCAACCUAGUUGAGUGGGAGUAUAUGUACAAGCUAGAACCCAUUGGAAGUGUUGAUGCAGAAAUGAUUAACCUUUUGGGCUUGUCCAACUUGGAAUCCAUGGCACCCUUUCUGAUGCGCAAACGAGCUUACAUGUCAGAAGAGGAUGAUUGGAAUCCCGUUCAGGGGCUGUAUGAAAAAGGUAUAUUCAGCACAUUUUUUGCCGGGAAUGAGGUUCCAGGCCAGUUCAGCCAUAAAAGUACAGAGUCCCCGAUCUCUUUUACCGUGCCAUUACUUGACAAUCACAGAAUUCAAGGCUUGAAGGUCUUCGUUGUCUAUACAAAAUUGUAUGCUAAUUAUUCUGUUGGAGAUUCCCCUGGGCCAAUAAUUACUAGAGUAAAAAAUAAGAGCAAGGGUCUGAAGUGGAUCUAUAGCCCACGAUGCUACGGUAUUCCAGGUGAAGGAGAAGACAUGAUGUGGUUAAGCAUCUGGAAGUUGGAGGAGGAGGUUCACUUAGAUGGUAGCGAUGAAGUGGUUGUUUCAGUAAUUAUGCAACCUUGACUUCAGGUCAAGGAGUUUGGCAUCCAGCUUGUGCAGCACCUGCAAGAAGAGAAUACUAAUAUGAUGACUGUUCCCACAGAUUCUUCUUAUUAUCCAUCUGUCAGGAGUGGAUAUUCUUCUUAUCAGCCAGGAGUAUACUUGCUUUUCCACAGAAGUAAACCAAUUCAAGAUCCGAUUUGGUUUAAUAAGAUCCUUGAGGACUCUGAUGAUGAAGAUACGACGGUCAAAGAAGAAGAGCAACAUUAUGAUCAGACAAUUGCAGUCAUGACAGGCAGCAAUGAAUCCGGCAGCCUCCGUGGCUGGAAGGGGAAGGUGCUCAUCUCCGCAGCUUGCUUCUUUCUCACACUUUCUCUCGUCACCCGGUCUUCUCUCUCACACAAAAAGAAGCGACAGUCAACAAGCCGUGGAUAAACUUUGUACCUGAACUGCAUACAGUUGUUCUUGCAUAUAUCCAAUGUUUUCCUUCC